AUGCCGCGCUCCUUCCUCGUGGAUUCGCUGGUGCUGCGCGAGGCAGGCGAGAAGAAGGCGCCGGAGGGCAGCCCGCCGCCGCUCUUUCCCUACGCUGUUCCGCCGCCGCACGCCCUGCACGGCCUCUCGCCCGGCGCCUGCCACGCGCGCAAGGCCGGGCUGCUGUGCGUGUGCCCGCUCUGCGUCACCGCCUCGCAGCUGCACGGGCCCCCCGGGCCGCCCGCGCUGCCUCUGCUCAAGGCGUCCUUCCCGCCCUUCGGCUCGCAGUACUGCCACGCGCCCCUGGGCCGCCAGCACUCGGCCGUGUCGCCCGGGGUCGCCCACGGCCCCGCCGCCGCCGCCGCCGCCGCCGCUCUCUACCAGACCUCCUACCCGCUGCCCGACCCCCGGCAGUUCCACUGCAUCUCUGUGGACAGCAGCUCCAACCAGCUGCCCAGCAGCAAGAGGAUGCGCACCGCGUUCACCAGCACGCAGCUGCUAGAGCUGGAGCGCGAGUUCGCCUCUAAUAUGUACCUGUCCCGCCUGCGCCGCAUCGAGAUCGCGACCUACCUGAAUCUGUCCGAGAAGCAGGUGAAGAUCUGGUUCCAGAACCGCCGGGUGAAGCACAAGAAGGAGGGUAAAGGCAGCAACCACCGCGGCGGCGGCAGCGGCGGCGGCGGGAGCGCGGGGGCCGGCGGAGGCGCACCGCAAGGCUGCAAGUGCGCGUCGCUCUCCUCAGCCAAGUGUUCCGAGGAUGACGACGAGGUGCCCAUGUCUCCGUCCUCUUCGGGGAAGGACGACCGCGAUCUCACCGUCACUCCCUAAGCCCGCGCCUCCCCACGUCGCCCACCCCAGACCCUCCCCGCGGUUCAAAUACGUCCUGGGACACAGCGCUGGUUCUCAGGCAUCUACUGCCAAACCGCUGCCACGCACGGAUUUGGCACAGCUUUGCGGAGGUCCCCGGCCCGGGGAAGCGCCAAGAACUUGGCCGACCUGACCCUGGAAUCCCCAACCCAGGGCCCGCGCCCGUCCAAAGCGGACUCCAAGCUGUGAACACAGUGCAAGCCCGCGAGUCCUUCUCAGCCACGCAACCCUGCGGCCCGGGCCAGCGCCUUGCUGGCCCCCGGCGCCUCCUCGCCCGCCGUCUCUGGACUGGCUCAGGCUUCCUCGCUUCCUUCGCUCUCCUCCAACCUGGGUCAAUCUCGGCCUUUCACCCUUGGGUGGCCAUUCCCCCCCCCCCGACAUUUAUGAAUUCCUGUUUGUUUUCUUUUCCUUUCUCUUCCCCUCCUCGAAGUUCAAUGGUCCUUUGUCCCUCCAUCAGAUCUUGCUGUGCCCAUGGUUCCUCUCCCACGAGGGAAAUUGUAUUCGUGUGGGGGAAACCGAUUCACUUUGUUUCGGAGAUACUCUUAAUUCCCCCAGAGCCCGGCUCUCUGCUUCUGGAGCUCCCUCUUCUCCCAGACCCCAGCCCUGCCCCCUGGCUUAGCUUGUAAUUGUUCGGUCUCUCGGUAAUUCCAGAAGAUAUUUAUUUAUUUAUUUAUGUACAAAAUUUUAAAUAAACUUUUUUUUUUCUUAGAAAUGCACGUGGCUCCACCCAGGCCCGGUCAGGGCUUCCUGCAGGGGCGGGGGCGGGGGCUGGGAUGGGUGGCCCAGGUACAGCUCGGUUCCUCCCCCGGGCGCCUGGUCAGCCCCUCUGUGCACUCUCUGCAGCCACAGCCCCUGAGACGCCGCCUUCUCGCCCGCCAGCCGGGUGCGCUCCCUGGUCACCAGUCCCCACUCGCGCCAGGCGCUCCCGCGCAGCAAGGAGCAGAGUCCGGACGGAAGGGACGGACAGGGGGCUCCCCGCGCUGUGCCUCGAGUCCUGACCCCCCCGCAGCGCCCCUCUCCCGCCUGGGAUCCGGCCCCACCUCGGCUGUCCACACCGCCAUCCCCAAGGUCAGCGACCACUCCCACGGGAGCGGGGGGACCUCUGUCCUUUGCUGAGCUCGGAUUGAUCA